CAGAUCCUCAACAGAACAGUCCACUCCUGACACCAUGUGCUACUACGGCAACUACUAUGGUGGCCUGGGCUGUGGCUAUGGCUGUGGCUGUGGCUAUGGUGGCCUGUGCUGUGGCUAUGGUAGCUAUGGCGGCUAUGGUUACGGCUGUUGCCGCCCCCUGUGCUGUAGAAGAUACUGGUCCUAUGGCUUCUACUGAGGAAGUCUCACAGCUCCUUAGCCUAUUGGCUACCACCUUCUGUUUCCUGGUAUUAACUCCAAUAUUCUUUAGAUCGAGCUCUAUAAAACAGCUUCAGUCUCCUACUACACAUUAAACUAUGUUUUAAACAAUGAACUUUUGAUUCACCAGUAUCAGUCAGUUUGCGUGGAAGAUUGUAGAAGAGUUUGUGUACUAUGUUUGCCAUGCUGGGUAGAAUGUAAUCAAAUUUAACUGUCAAUUACUGCAUACAAAUAUGUAUACUGAAUAAACUUUCUUUCCCCAUA